ACGAUUGUCUACCUUCAGGCGCACCACCGCACAGUCGAUACGAUGUUAACAUAUUUUUGAACCGUUUACAGCUUAAUCUCCGGGCAAGAAAGCGGCACAGCGGCCUCACUGUACCCCGUAGAAAAGGCCCGUGUUUUGUGUGUGUGUGUGUGUGUGUGUGUAAUUCAUCUGGCCAGCAUGCAGCACGGCAAACAACCUCAACCACCGUGUGAACCGUGGUGCACGAGCGUAUGGUGAACCGAUUUUGGGCAGGUCCUGAAACUGAACGCGCACCAUCGGUGGACAGGUGGAGUGCUGUGUUACAGCAACACGGCCGGAUUCAUUCGUGAUGGAACCCGAUCGGGGUAUCGCCGCUGUGAUGAGCUUCAAGUGUCCGCUCUGUGAUAUGCCGAUCGAGUCGCAGGAGAAGCUGAAGCAACACAUCAAGGUCACGCACAGCCACUACUACUACGAUACGUAUCUGUUUCCACCGGAAAUGCUGUUCCCGGGUGCAUCGUCCAGCGCCACAGCGAACGUGGAGGGUGUGAUUAGCCACGAACCGCUCUCCACACAGGAAGUGACAAUCGAGCAGGCGGAAGAAGAGUGCUGCACCUGCUGCGCUUACGAAGAGUCCGGACAGGGCGGCGACUGUGGCUUUUGUGACUGUGAGGACGACGCUCAGGGCGAGUGCGACGAUUGUCUGGUGAUGUGAAUCACCGGGAAUCAUCCCUUUCACCGCUUCCAUACCAUUCCCUUUCCCCUGCAGCACGCCUUCCGGACCCAUUCACCGCGCUCGGUGCCGUUCGCAGCGCUUCCGAUAGUCUGGAAAGGCGGAAACGAUGCUUCCCACAGCACAGUAUUAAAUCAAUACGGAUUCGACACCACACCCGGCAUCUUGCCUCACCCGAACCGAACCCCGGAUUUACAUUGCCUGCGCUCGUAAAAGUGCCUACACAAUCGUUUUCCGUUUUUUUCUGCACUUUUUGUUUUUGCUACAUCGACGCACACGAGAGUGUUGGGAUGGAAAUUUGCAACUGGCCGGGACGAAGGGUCGAAGACGCAUCAAUGCCGGAGCUGUAAGCGCCAACUGACAAUUGCAUCACCGGGAAAAAUCUAUUCCAAGCUCACGGAAAAUGAAACAAGACUUUCGGGAUACGCCAAGAACGUCCGCUUAUCAAAGCGUUAUCCAAAAACAAAAAAGAAGAAGAAACACAUAAUGGAGGUAACCAUGUGGCCAAAGAUACAAAUGCUUCCUUCUUCACCGAUUGAAACCCUCCACGAAAGACUGUAAACGUCCCUGGUUUUUAGCCAACCGCUCCAGUGUCACACACACACACACACAGCCACAUCUUCCCGAUAAGCAAAAAGAGAGAAAAGAUACGAACCACCGAUUAAGUGUUAAGAUUUAGCGCCAUACACGAGCUUUCUCAAAAUUUCAACAGUCCGAUGCAACGGAAGAACACGUGUUUUCCUCCCCCCCGUGACUAGCUUUAAGAGCCGGAACAGAACAGAUUUCAUUUACCGAUUUCACUGUCACGCUAGCAAGUAGACUGAAUGUUAGGGACUUUGGUUAAACUAGAAGGAUUAGGUUUUAGUGUAGGACAUAAGUAGUGCCGUCACUUUAACACACACACACACACACACUUAAGCGAGCAAACCAAACUUUUACUCCAUCGGUAACGCCGGAUGGGCGACGGGUAGGGUUUUAGUACCUUCGAUGUUUGUACUGUAUGGUAUUAUAUAUAGUUGAUAGAUGGCAAGAAUGGCAAUACUUAGACUAGUAGGUACACACACACAUACGACACACCUAAAAUGCACACAAGACAUCAUCAUUAGCCUGCUCUGAUACCGUACCGUAUACUUCUAGCAGUCUUCUAGUGUAGCUAACGAAACAGAUACUACUGGGUGGGGCUGGAUCGGUUGACUUAUCGUGGUCACUAAAGCAGGAAGGUGCCCGUUAACAUGCCCGCGUGCAGCAAAAGCGUAGAGUACAAGACUGUAGUUGAACACACCUGUAGGCGCUGCAGGCCAUGGCACCAAGUGCUGACAACAAAUGACACAACAACAACGUAGCUCCUUAUCCUAUCCUUCACACGGAAUGGAAUUGCAUGCGCAUGGUAGCUGUGUAUUUGUUACCCGUGAACAUUUGUGUAUACUAUUUGUGGUGAUACGAUAGGUUUUAUGAUGGUUCCAAAUGUGCAGAUUUUAUACCUUCCCCCCCCCCGUUACAAACCGUCGUCGUUGUUCUCGUUUUCGAUUAUCUAGUAGAUCAUCCAAACUGGCCUCCGUAAAGCAAACAUACGAGCAAUGGCUUAAGAGUGUAAGAGUAACCCUACUUUUUUAGCUACUUCUUAGCUUUACGCUAAGAAAAGAAAAGCAAAACAAAAUAGAAAGGGAGUUACUAUUCGGUGUAUUAUUACAUGUUUUCCAUGUUGUUGGUAGUUUUGCACUGGGAGAGAACAAACCAAACGCACCAACCAACCAUCGAUCACGAUAGCUCCGAACCCUCCGACUUUGGUUACCAAUCCCCGGAGGCACGCGCACAAGUGAAACAAUUUUGGGAAACUAGCUGUCGGAAUAGACGAAGAACGGAUAGAGCACCUGCAAUAAUGCGAUUGACAAGCAAUUCGGUGUGUCCAUCUGGUAUGGAACACGCUGGUUAGGAAAGGGUGGAAAUAGGGUUGAAAUUGUGAAGGAAUGAAUAAAGAAGUAUAGCAACAGUUUAUUUUGAAUGGGGCUUUUCAUUGGUUUAUUAACCGGCGUGGUUGUUCGGUGACAUUUACAGCCAGUACUCUUCAGUGUAUUAUCUUUGGGAGGUAUAAAAAAAUGUUUGAUUGCGUAUUGCCUGCAUUUAGGCACAUUAUUCCAGCGCGUUUCUUGCUAGCUUAAUGGGUUUCGGAUUUAUCUCUUACUUUUUCUUGAUCUGUUCAGGGUUGGGUGCGGGCUUCUCGAUUACGUUCACAAUUCUUCUUCUUCUGUGGCACUACAACCUCGAGAAGUCUCGGCCUGCCAUUUCUGGCUUUCUGUGACUUAAUUUUACCCGUUGAAAAGUAGUCAGCCUUUCGUACGGGGAGGCGGUCUGGAUGGGAUUUGAACCCCGGCCCUGCCGUGUGAAGACAGGCGCCGCUGUCGCCUCGGCCACCGGACCGCCCCAAACGUUCACAGUUAUGUACUUAAAUUUAACAGCCACGUCAAUAACAACUGGUUAGAAAAACAGCUUAUUCAAUGAGUAGCAAACAUGGACUUAACAACGAUAGCGUCUUAUGUUUUUAAUCAAUGUCUCAACGUUAGCUACAGUGCCCCAAAUGGACCAAAUGGACCGUUCACCUUAGAAUCGAGCAAAUGAUGGACUUUUGCUGAUAGAAAACCCGUUCCCAAAUGGCCGUAAUCGACAAAAUAUUGCAGAAAGUCAGAUUAUUGCAAACCAGUCCAACGGUUGCUCUAUCUCAAGGUGUCCGGAUUUCCGUUUGUGGCACUGUUUUUGAUGGGCUUGGUACAGGCUAGGCUUGACUCCUGGCUUACUAGUCUUAAUGAUACCACGUAGUUGGAUAGUCAGUCCUCACUGCGGGGAGACGAUCUGGAUGGGAUUUGAACCCCAGUCCUGCCGUAUGAAGGGCGGCGCCAUUGUCCGUAGUAGCAUUAUAGCCUGAAAAAGGCGACCAUAAUUAAAAAUAUUUUUAUAGAAAUUGCAUAAAUUUAGGCGCUGGUGAUCCUACAUUUUUUUAGAUCCAAUUUCUUCAUAAAUCCAUGGAAGCAUCGCUCGCUCGCUUCCGAUUUCUACUUCUAAAACCUUACCUCUUGGCUCAGAAAAUCCAUUGAUAUAAGGUUAUAAGAAAGAUUAGUUGCCAUCAUCCUCAGCAAUGAAAUCAGUGCUGUUCGUCAGUUACUGUUACUUCAAACCAAAACUGGUGAUAAUCUUAUAGAGGAAGGUAGCGUUUGACAAAAACGCCCCAAACAUCACUAUUUCUUCAUCCUAGUUCAGAGGUCGUAGGAAUUCCAAAAUACCUUUAGAUAGGCAUUAUUUAUUUCUUGGGGAUGAUUUCUAAGCAUUACAAGAAACUAGAAGCAUAGCUCAUAUCUUCAUAACCUCCACAAUAGCAACAGAGCGCCUAAAUGUGUGCAAUUUACCGAACAAAAUCACUUUCCUAUAAUUAUCUGCCCCAGCUGUCCCUUGCGUUGUAAUUGUCAAUUAAGCAAACACGUUGCACUUACCAAUUCCGCUGGAAAAUCAACAACGUAAAUGUCUUCCGUGAAAACAUUGCUGCUAGACUUUGUGUGUGUGUAAUUCGCAGCAAACUUUAAUACAAUCUCGAUGGGAAAACUUUGUUCCGAUUUCCCCGGAAAAUUCAAAUGAAUCAGAUCAGAAUCGUCAAGCGUGAGUGAAUUUAAGCGAUUUUUGCCUGUAUCAACGAAAACAACCAACCAAGCGAGUGGGGAAAGAAAAUUGCAAACAAUCAUUCAUCCCUUAUCCUGUGCCCGAUACCACUUGAGGCCAAAAGCGUUCGCCAGCAGCCGGCACCUCUUCAAUAUGGUAGUAACCCUUGCAUGCGUGUUUGUUUCGGAAAGGAAAAGUUUUCUAGUUUAGUGGCAUUUUACAGGGAAAAAGUGUGUCUCACAGGGGAACGACGCUAUAUAUUUUGUGUGUCCCCGUGCACGAUUACAUCGGUCAUUUAUUUCUUCCCGACCACGAUGGGUUUAGGGGAAAGUUUUCCCCCACCCGAAUCGAACGCUUCCGGUUGCUUGCCCGAUGAUCGUGCAACCGGGAACGAAUGCGUCGUCGUUUCGGAUGGUCCACAGUCCACGGAGAAACACCAGACCCCCCUCCCGACAAAGUGACAAAGUUUGAAUUGCCAGUUGUUCUAGCUGUAUUUAUGUGGUACUGGGGCCGGCACGGCACGUGUGCCAUUGCUGGCUGCCUGUGGUCAGAAAUCUGUUGUAAUAUUCAUAGUUUUCCUCUUUCUGCAUGAGCGGGUUCCGAACAGGAUGAGCAAAGUUUUGUCCCACGAUGGACACUUGAAGUUUGUCUAAUUUUUCCACCCGAAGAUACACGGUUUCGGAUAAGCGAUGCAACUCGGCGGAAAGAAAUCCUAACCUCGUAUGCGUACACUAGGAUGCGGCAAGUACUAAAAAAGUACCAUAAAAUGCCAAAUGUCAACCAUAUUCCCGGUAGCGUCCAUUGUUAUUUAUGUUUGUUCGGGUGAGUUUGUCUCAGCCUCCUGCCACUGUUCCCUAUUUGCCUACUGACCACAGCAAGCAAAUGUUACUCUUUUGUGCCACGGGGGGCGGAAAAAACAAACCCCAAGAACAAAACCCCCAAAAAAAAAACACUCAAAGACAAAGAAAUGUUCCUCAUCCCAAAGCCCCGCAAAAUACGACACACGCACGCAUAAAAUGUGGUUGACAAAUAAAUCUCGCUUCGAACAAAAAGGCGCCCAUCCCUAGGCGGUGUCAGCUAUUGAAAGUGUGCCGAAGAAAGACACACCACCGUCUUGUGCAAACGCACGGAGAAAGUACGCAACAACAAAAAAAGGCAUGGCAGUUUUGUCGGUGCUCUGUACCGUACUCCAACAGUUGGGUUUUUGGGCAAUAAAAUGUAACAAACUUUCCGAUCAUGAUAAUGACGCCGUUUCGAUGUUUGGCGGUGCUUAUGGGAGUUGUUUGUUGUGGGAUCAAGUUCGAACAGUGCUGCGUAGUAGCUUUGCAUUACAGCGUAGUGGUAUUUAUUGCGUACACGUGAAGGUUGCUUCCCAUUGGUUUUUUUUUAAGGGGAGAUUUUUUUCUCUCUAAAGAUACGUUUUAAAAACUGGUUUUAGUUUAUGGAAGUUACAGAAAAUGCGUCCGUUUGCCUGUGCGGAACGUUGGAGAUGAAUAGAAAACGCCAACGGCUACUGGAUGCGUUUAAAUGACAGCAUUCUGCAUGGUGCUAUGUAAAUUGCAUACUUUUAGGCGUGGAAAGCAACAAUGCUGGCAGAUACAUCGGAAUCGCCUUUUUUGUGCUCAUAAUUCAUACUGAAGUAUUUUUUUUCGUUAUUUUCAAUUAUUUACCAUUAAUCUCAUAAUUAUUGAACAAUAAUAAAGCAAUAUUUACGUUGAGCAUAAUGAAAAAAUUGAUCAAUUUAUAAUUUUAAAAGAUUUUCACCUUACUGUCACUCACAAUUGUCAGUUUUUAUGCCUCUUCUAACCUAUACCGCUCAUGAAUUCUAUUAGUUUUAAUCCUAUUUAAUCCUAUUUGUUAUGUACCGGGUUCUCGAUUUUAUAUGCUGUUUUAUCGUCAUAGUAAAGUUUUAUAGUAUUCUUCCUAAUUAUAUCAAUAUUACUUUGUAAGAAGAGAAUAGAAAAGCAAUACGGCCAGACCGUUCCUAACGAAUAAUAAAAAAAUGAGAAUAUAACUAUACAGCAUCACGGGCAGGCCGUCCUUCAUGAAUAAAAUAAAACUAAUAAAACAGGUGAAUACAAUAAUACAGUCCUCCACCCCUGGCUGCAUCUGAUCUCCCUCAGGUCUGACUCCAAUUGAUCUAGCCAACGAGCUCGCUGCGCUCCUCUAUGCCUCGUGCCGAACGGGUCGUUGACGAGCACCUUCCUGGUAGGCCCACCAGCGUAUCCUUCCGGCUUUGACAACCGUCAGGAUGUCUGCAUCGCCAAACAGCUCAGCUAGCUCUUGGUUCAUCCUCCUUCUACACACGCCCUGCUCGCACACACCACCAAAGAUAGUCCGUAGCACUCGCCGCUCGAGUCCUCUACCAGCAUAGUCCAGGACUCGUGCCCGUGAAGGACUACCGGCCGUAUCAGUGUGCGAUAUAUAGCGCAUUUCGUGCGUUGCAGGAGUCUGCUGGAUCUCAGGAGUUUGUGGAGCCCGUAGUAAGGGUUUGCCGCCAACAAAAAGGGAGAUAUUGUUUUUUUAAAUUCUUAUCAUUAUAAAAGUUAAUUUUUUAAACAAAUGUGUUCAAUAAAAUUUUAAAAAUUUAGCAGCUGAUUUACUCAAUUAUAAAAAUUGACUAAAGAAAGCAUAUGUUAGAAACGUUCCAUACCUCAAACGCAAAGAAGAACAUUGAUUGCAUACUUUCAGGAGUUGCGAAACGAAUUCCCCUGUAAAUGUAAACAACACGAUAAACAAAAACAAACCCACCUGCAGCAAUCAACUUGAAACACUCACAAAGAAUGCAGAUAGAUA